CUUUCCCCUCAAUAACCAACCCACCCCCCGGCCUCUCUCUCUCUCUCUCUCUACAAUAUCCAAAUAUCCAAAUAUGCCAAUGCUUCCUGCUGCAACGCCUUCCUCACCGGCAAACGAAACAAGGAAUGAAAGCGAACAGAAAACUGUGGUUUUUGAUGCAUCGGUUCUUCGGAAUGAAACCAACAUACCAUCGCAAUUCUUAUGGCCGGACCAUGAAAAGCCAUCCGAUGAUCAGUCGAUGCCGGAACUUUUAGUCCCCCCAAUCGACUUGGAGGGAUUCCUCUCCGGCGACCCACAAGCAGUCUCAAAUGCUUCUCGGUUGGUCAAUGAGGCAUGCAAGAAGCACGGGUUCUUUCUAGUUAUAAAUCAUGGGAUUGAUACAAAACUUAUAGCUAAAGCACACCAGUUCAUGGACGACUUCUUCGGCUUGCAUAUCUCAGAAAAGCAAAGGGCUCAAAGAAAGAUCGGUGACCACUGUGGCUAUGCUAGUAGCUUUACCGGCAGGUUCUCCUCCAAGCUUCCCUGGAAGGAGACACUUUCUUUCCGAUAUUGUGCCGGUGAUCAUCCUUCCUUAAAAAUUGUCAAGGACUAUAUCGUCAAUGCCAUGGGAGAAGAUUUCAAACAGUUUGGGAGUGUGUACCAGGAAUACUGUGAAGCCAUGAGCGCACUCUCCCUUGGGAUCAUGGAGCUUCUGGGAAUGAGCCUAGGCGUUGGCAGGAAGUACUUCAGAGAAUUCUAUGAAGGAAACGAUUCAAUAAUGAGAUUGAACUACUACCCGCCAUGCCAAAAACCAGAUCAAACUCUAGGAACGGGGCCACAUUGCGAUCCAACAUCGUUAACAAUCCUUCACCAAGAUCAAGUCGGCGGCCUUCAAGUGUUUGUGGAUGAAAAAUGGCACUUCAUUAGUCCUAACCCGGAUGCUUUGGUUGUCAACAUUGGUGACACAUUUAUGGCUCUGUCAAAUGGGAUUUACAAGAGUUGCUUGCAUAGAGCAGUGGUGAACAACCGAACAGUGAGGAAAUCUCUUGCCUUCUUUCUAUGCCCGAGGAUGGACAAGGUGGUCACUCCGCCAAGAAGCUUGAUCAACGCUGAAAAUCCAAGAACAUAUCCCGACUUCACAUGGCCGAAUUUUCUGGAAUUCACGCAGAAACAUUACCGGGCUGACACGAAAACCCUUGAUGCCUUCUCCGACUGGCAUCGACAGAAUCACCCAGAAAACAAAAACAAGGAGUUUGAACUGUCCGUUGCCCGUUAAGGUUGGCAUGAAGGGCCGGAGAGAGAGAGAGAGAGAGAGAGAGAGAGAGAAUUGGUGCUUUUGUUGGGUCUGUGAGGAAAAUGGUAACAGAAACACCAAAAGGAAGGCCCCCCCCCCCCCCCUCCUUUGAAAUUUGGUGUUAGUGUUGGAGGAAUAUAUAUAUUAUGUAAUUAGUGCAAGAAGCAAUUUGGAGGAAUAAAGCUUGCUAGCUAGAGACGCGUCUAAUUUUCCUUUUGUUAAAACAAGUAUAAUUAGAUUGAGUUUAAUUUGUUCUCU